UCAGUACUGUCACUGUCAAAAUGGCGAUUGUAAAUAACCAAACCGCCAAAGAAGAAUGAAACUAUUUUAUUUUUAAACCAAUUGUGUAAUGUAAUUAAGUUAAAACAAUGGCCGUAUCAUGUGAAAUGUUAUUACAUCCAGAGUUAUUAAGCAAUGAACAGCUUUUAUACAUAAUCAAAGAAAGGCGUCUUAACAUUUCGAACCUCGAGAGCAUGGCAAGAUAUGAACUAUUGGAUAUUUUCCAUCAAUUCUGUUUGCCUUACGGUCAGCGGAAGUACAGGGAUACUGGGCGCGGGAGAAUAUUGAAUAAGGCUAGACAAUCCAGCCCAGAGCCGGUGGCCAAGCUAAUAACAAUAAAUAGCAGUCAAUAUAGGAAAUUGGUACAUUUAGAAACAAGUGACAGGUUAAAACCUCCACCAGAUUUGUUCUCCGGGAAUUUGAAAAACAAAAAAAUUGAUAUAAAACCUCAACCUGCAUUAGAUUUAAAUAUUUUGAAAAGAACGGCACCUAUUGACUCAAAAACAGAAGCAGAUGAAAGUCCUCCAUCCAAGAAAAGCAGGAAACCAAUUACUUGGCCUUAGAUUUUAAGAUUUAGGUUAUCCAAAUACAUAGGUUUUGAAAUGGCCUUCAAGCCUAUGAAUUGAGACACAAUAGAUAGAUAAAUUGUUACACGGUCAUUAUGUGACCGCUCGAGGAUUUUUGGUUAACUUGAAAUAAGUGUAAAUAUGGCAGACUUUUGGGACAUUCUGUAAAAAGUGGUUUAUACAUAGUAUAGUGAUAAUUAUGCAUCCUAUUAUGCUUUUCAUCCAAGUCUUCUCAGUUUUUUUAUCAUCUAAUCUAGGACUGAUUUUACUGUUAUUUAUUAUUUGCAUCAUUUUACACAUUUAAGUUUAGUGAGUGUGCUAUUUUAUGUAAAUAAGCUUGUUUUGCAGUGAUUUCAUUAAAUGGAAUUAUGUCUAAAAUAUUCAUGAAGUUUAAAGAGGCACCUAAUUUCAAUAAUAAUAACUGUUAGUUUCUAUUAUAAAAUGUAAACUUAAGGUACAAUCAGACUGAUAAUGCUGAAAAUUGUUGUUAUUUUGUAGAUUGGUUGGUUGAAUUUAAAAGAAAGAUACCUACUAAAUGAAUGAGAGUCUGCUUCUGCGUUAAGAAAAUUUACCAUUUCACACUUGGUAGUUCAACUUACUAAAACAAAAGCUUCCUCUGUACCUAAUUCUCAAGCUAUAAAGUUUAAAAUCCAAUAAGAUAAUAAUAAUAUGUUAUUUUUGUAAGUUGAUCUACCAUUGACUACUAUACACAAAUGGAUUGGUGGUCCAGUAGAUUUUUGUUCAUUUUUUGCAAUAGUUUACUGUUUUAGAGCUUUUUGAACCUAAAUAAUCCCUCUACCAUAGUCACAAAUACCAUAAUAUAAAC